AUGGUGCCGCAGAUAACUGUUUCCAGAGGUCUGGAGACACUACCUGCCCGACCGCCGACACCCCCGCGAGAGAAGACGGUUGACGUUACGAACCAGAAGCAGCUCCUGGCCCGCAAGUCGCUCGGCCCAAGACGGAGCCUCAGCACGCCGCCAGGCUACUCACCCGACUCAUCCGACCUGUCCGAUCCCUCAUCGCGUAGGACCCGAAAGAAGGUUGGGUUUUCGACUCAAGCCGAGUACCGCGACGCUCCGUCCCUGCUUGAGAGUGUCACCAGACAGCCAACGCCAGUCUCGGCCUCUUCGACUGCGAGUCUCCCGAAACCGCUCAAGUCAAUCCUCAAGCCCUCGCCUCCUGCCAUUGCCAACCCGUUGGAUCCGUGCGAGGGUGCCGACGAGGAGACCAGACAUGCCAACAUCGCCACAAUGUUGGAAUCGACGACCAAGCAACUGGCUGGGGCCGAUCGGGCUUCCAAGCUGGACGCUUACAUGAUGCUCGUACGCGCCUUGAAGACGUCAAACAAUCUGCCCGACCGGAUUGCUCUGCAGGACAAAAUGAGCCUGUUCACGCAAUUCAUACAGCGGGAUAUCACAACCAAGAACGCCGCCGGGGACCUCGACAUGUCUUUGAGCAAUCAUGCCUCGACGCUGCUCAUCACCUUCCUAAACUUCCCCGCCAUUGCAUCAACACUUCCCAAUGACUUCGGCGUCUUCAUGAUUGACCACUGCAUUCGGUCGUUUGAGGACGCCACCAUUCCUAAGGAUGUCGUGAGGCACCUUAUGCAAGUCGUUGCCUCGCAAAAUUUCCCUCCAAAGGUCAUGACGGCCGACAGGGUCGGGCGGUUGGUGGCUUCGCUGCACAGGAUUGAGGAGCACCUGACCGGAAAGAGCAUUGUCAUGUCUCGUAUCCUAAUCUACCGCCGGUUGAUCAAGCAAUCAAAGCCUCACAUGACCACCCACUCGGAUUGGCUGCUUGACCUCUUCUCGGAUAUGCUGAGCAGCGUCAAGGAGAUUCGGGCGACGGCCAUCGCCUUGGGUCUUGAGGCGAGUUUCGGCAUUGGCAAAGAGAAACAACUGUCAAGGCGGGUCAUGGAGAUCCUCGACUUGGUGGCCGAGGAGAGGAAGUACAUUGAGUAUUACGUCGAGCGCUUGAAGGCUAUGGCCUUAUCGAAAGACAAGCACGAAUCCUCAGCUGUACCCCAGAUAUGGAGUGUUGUCAUUCUGCUUCUGAGAUGCCCUGUGGACAGGUGGGAGUUCUUCGGUCCUUGGCUUGAGAUUAUUCAGCUAUGCUUCAACAGCGGUGAUCUACAGACAAAGUUCGAGGCCAACUAUGCCUGGAACCGCUUGGUCUACUGUCUACAACUCAAUGAACAAUCUUCGCCCAAGACCAUCGGCGUUGUAUGUCAGCCAUUCCUCACCCAGCUCAAACGGAGGAAAUUGAAUGAAGAGCUGCGCAAGGUGUGCUUUGGGAGUGUAUGCAACCUGUACUACUACGCUUUCCGACCCAAUACCAGCCCGAGUCACACGGACAACUUCUGGGACUCUUGCAUUCCUCAGAUAAUUCAAGCCAUGGUCGCCCCUGAAAUGAACCCAAAAGGUGCAGAACAACCAGUCGCUGGCCCGCCUGACCACACCCACCAAGCCAUCCUAAUCUUGACGAGUCUGUUCAACUCGACAACGCCGAGAAUAUGGAAAGAGGAUCAUAUUGCAGAUUCUCCAAUAGCGAGACCAGACGAGCUGCCGGCUCUGGACCCAAAAUGGGUUCGGCGAAACGCUGCCAAGAUCUUUGCCGUCAUCGAGCCAAUCCUCAUGAAGACUUACUUGGAUAUCAGUAACCCCGGAUCUCCCGUUGCUAAACUGUGGAAGGCCCUGAUUACUGCUGUUGCCUCUGCUGCGAGUAAGGAGAUCAAGGUAUCGACAGAUACAGCCGUGUUCAUGGCACACAUUUUCACCUUUCUCUUCCGUGUCUGGUCCCGAGGCCUCAGCGAGACUGGUGGUGGCGAAGAGGGUUCUCGCAGAUUAUUCGAGGCCACCCGCGUAUUUCUCACAAUGGUAAUUGACUCAGUCGGCCUCCUUCCUUUCACCGAGAAGCAGCUUUCCAUGGGUAAACAAAACACUUUCUUGCCCGUGGCGACGCCUUCUCACCGGCCAGGAAAGGGUCAAGGCGUCACCCGGACGCCUCUACACCAUCUGUUUUCGAUUCUGUCGUCCUUGCCUCCUGGUGCCGAUGACAAUGAGUGGUUAGCAGGACUGCUACGAUCUGUUCUGUCUCCCUUUCUCACCCCCAAGUCUCCUCGAACCAAGGUUGACCUUGUGCAUGAGCUUAUGCAGUCUUUGCCGAUGGAUACUUUGGCGCCAUACGGACCUUGGCUGGUAGUUUCGGAGGUUCUUUCUGAGUCUCUGGAAAGCAGCCAGUUGACCCAUUCUUCCACUGGGUCUGGCAGCCUGCCUCCUGUCGGUCACGAAUACAGAGAGAUCGUUAAGCAUCUCGACAGAGGACUGAGGUCAACACCAAAACUACCGUGGAAGCAUUGGCAAUCGCUAUUCCAGGCUCUAGCCACGCGAGCAAGCGAUGAGACAGGGGCUGCGGGUUGCGCUAUUGCCAUAAUCGAGCCGUUGGCGAAGACGAUACUGGAUAUCAUUGCCAGUGACUCGGAGGCCAAGAACAGCAUCAACCUGUUCCGAUCUGGCAUUGAAUUGAUCUCCAACUCCAGGCAGCCGCGAGAUCGCCACGCCGUGGACGCCGCCCGUCUUCGUCUCUGGGGCACCUCCAUCUCAGGAUCAAGGUCGGCAUCAUUUGACACUUUUGACAAUCUCUACCGACUUAUCGAUCAACUUCUCCAUACCUCAUACAACCACUUCAACGAAUACGAAACCGGUGGAAUCAUUGUUCCCUUGAUUACCGAGGUUGCCGGCUUUCUAACAAGAUGUAACCAACUUUUGGUGUUCAAGACCUUGGUUCACCUGCAGAAUGGCAUCGGUAUCUGGAUCCAGGAUACUGAAGGGCGGUACGGUAGCCGGCAGUCUCCCUCUGUUUCUGAAGCUGUCAAAAUGCUAUGGGAUCGGAUUUGCAAUAUCUUCAUCAAGGCCGAUAACCUGGAACAGGUACAGUUAGAUAUGAUCGAGCCGCUGUUAUGCUCCGCGUUCGAGAGUAAGCAUAGGCACACUGUCAAUACCCUUGCGUCUCUGUGGAAUAGCGCAUUCGACCAAGCCGAGAAGAUCGAAUACCCGGCAAGACUGAAGUCUGUACUCCUCUCAGUACGGUCGUAUGCAUACAUCGUCCUCCCAGGUCUUGAUAUUUCCAGCUAUGGGGCCAGUAGACCGCAGCCGAGCUUUGUUGAAUCCCAGGAUGACCUGGAUGUUCCCUCUACCAAGUCAAGUCGGAGAAACACGCCGCAGUCGGAGAGGCCAUCCUCGUCCCGGCGAUCCAACACUCCAGGAUCUGGGAAGGUGUCAAUCCCAAGCAAACGACGUUUAGAAAGCACACCAGACGUUCCCCGUUCCAAAUCGGCACGCCGAAGCGCAACACCCCGACUGCGACAUGAUAAUUCCCAAAUCCAGUUCGCUGUGAUUGCUUCGUCAUCGCCAAUUGGAAGUCUCGAAUCCCAGGUAUUGACCGAACGCCAAAAAGAAGUCCGAGAAAGACAGCAGCACAACGCUACCCUGUUCCCCAACAUUCGACCUAGUGCUGAUACCAACGAUACGAGGCCUGAGGAACCUCGGGAGUCUUCUGGCGAGGACAGACCGGAGAAGGUGGCAACACCCAAGUCACAUCGCAGUUUUGAGGAUUAUGUGUCAUCAACACCAACUCCGCGACGAGGCCAAGCACCUCUGAUCGAAGACAAUGACCAUGAGAUGACUGAUGAUAUCCCCUCUUCACCUCCUGAUCCCCGCCGGUACCCGCUGGUUCCCGAGCUCAACAAGGCACACUCAAGUAGCAGCAGUGUGUUGGACGAGUACCAGUUCUUGUCCUCGCCACUCUCUGGUUCGCCGCGGCUCGGCCACCGAACAGCCGCCAUCGACCGGAACAUUGCUCCCGAACAUCCACAGGAAUCAUCCGAGGAUGGGGGCAGAGCAGAAACUGAGCCGACCAAGACGGCGCCCGAGGCAGCCGAGGUUUCGGAGGAUGAAGGUGACCGCGCUGAUAUUGAGGACGACGUUCAAGGCCAUCCCAUGGCGCAAGACAAGGUUGAAGAUAUCUUGCCGCCUGCUGUCAAAGAACCAGUCACGCCUCCCCAUGGCCGCGACCUCAAGGUGCAGGAUACACCCAAAUCGGACACUGAGGUCUUCGUCGAUGCUCUUACCAGUCCAGCUCCCCGUACACCACGAGCCCAGCGAGCUCUCGCCAGAGCCUCACAAGCAGCGUCUAUCACGACCACGAAGGCGUCUCAGCCCAAGGAUCGCUCUUUUGACGCUUCCGAUGUUGAUGAGCGCAGUUUACUACGUCUAGUUGUUGAGCUCGAUUCACGUAAAUGCGAGCCUCUUUCAGCAUACACCACAGAAGAGGCUGCCGCAGAGGAGGGCCCAAGUCAGAUCGAGGAAUCCCAAUCUGGGGAGUCCCAGAAUCCCGAGUCUCCAGUCCUCGAUUGUAUCACAGUCAAUACUGGUUCCAGCAGACGCCGAGGCAGGUCGAGGAAGUCCAAAUCUGGGCGAUCGUCCUCACCUGUGAUCCCAUCGACGCCUGCCGACGCUAGCAACUCACAGGAACCCAACAGGCAAACCAAGAAGAAGCGCAAGAGAACUUCUGACAAGUCUCAAGAGCAGGGGUCCCAGGAGUCGCAGGAAUCUAACGGCAAGAAGCGCAGGCACAGUCAAGAGCACGACGUAGACGUGGAGACUGUGCCUGACAGCCAGCUUCUGCCGGUCAACGACAAUGCUUUGGUGGAGCAAUCUCACGUCUCUGACGAAGAGCAACCGACAAGCUUCUCGCAAGAGUCCCCCAUUGAGGGCCAGGAAAAUAACGAAGAAGUGACGACUGAAACCGCCGAUGUGGCUGUUGCCUACAGCCCCAUGGAUGAACGAGAAGCGGUGAACCUACAGAUUGUGCAGGAAGCAUCGCAGAGCGCCGAGGAGGAAGGGGAUGCCCCAGUCGCCGAGCCUGCGAUUGAGAAUGCGGUGGACGAGGAAAUGGAGCCUCGCGUCGAUGAGCCUCACGCCACAGGCGUGGAUGUUGCGGUGAAGGAAAUACACCAGGAAGACGAGGGAGUCGACCAACAGGCUACAGCUGCGCCUGAAACAGCUGAGGAAGCUGUGCUGCCGCAGGCUGCACCUGAGAAGUCGUCGAUGGAGAAGAUCAUGGACGCCUUGAGAGGUGGCUUGGCGGAGCUCCGCUCGGCAGCGCUGUCCAGACAGGAGGUCUAUCAGGUGGAGGACAUGUUCAUGGAUAUCAAGCGAGAACUUUACGAGGCGGAAGCGCGAGGCCGCAGCUAG